UCAAAAGCUAACUUCCGGGUGUCCUGUGGUUGCAAAACAGAAGAGGCAGCUGCACAGCAGUGGCUACAGAGAACAGUCUCAGAAGAAAAUCUGGACAAAGCGACUUUAGAAAAAUGAUGCUGUCGGAAGUCCUGCAGGUCCUCCGUGGAGCUGGUAAAGUGGGGUCUGCCCUGGUGUCCACUCAGGGGGAGCAGCUCCGUCUCAUGGCCUGCAACUCUUCCGUUGGAGCAGGAGUCAAAGCUGCUCAGGAUGUGGUGGAAGGACUAUUGGGAACUUUCAUGGGAGGUGCCUCUCAGCAGCAGUCGGUAAAGGAAGAUGUGUUUCCGGAUGCAGAGGGCUGGGAGAACAUGGACCCUGAUGAGGCAGCCAAAUGGGCUGUGGGGUCCGAGUUUCCUGCUGAAGCUGCGGAGCAGAGCCAGCAGGCAGAACCUGGACCUGCAACAGGAGUACAGUCAGAAUCGGGGACGACUGCAGGGGGAGCAGGCUGGCCGGGCCAGAGCGCCCGCUUCCUCCACACCGCCCCCAGGUUCAACAGGUGGUACCUCCAGAACCGAUCCGUCCACAACACGGUGGUGGCCAGACUUACGCCGGAAGACAUCAAGAAGGCCAGGGAGGCAAAACAGGGCCUGGUCAAACCUGUCAAGCAGAAGCUCAGUGAUCGAGCCAAAGAAAGGAAAGUUCCUGCCACAAGAAUCAGCAGGCUGGUUAAUUUUGGAGGGCUGGCAGUGGGCCUGGGGAUCGGAGCCAUUGCUGAAGUGGCUAAGCAAUCGCUGGGAGGCAAACAAAAAGGAGACAUGAACGCCCUGCUGGACUCUCCUUUCCUGUCAGAGGCAAACGCUGAGAGAAUAGUCAACACACUCUGUAAGGUUCGAGGAGCUGCACUCAAGAUCGGCCAAAUGCUCAGCAUACAAGACAACGCUUUCAUCAAUCCCCAACUGCAGAGGAUCUUUGAGAGGGUCCGACAGAGUGCAGACUUCAUGCCUGCGUGGCAGAUGAACAAAGUCCUGGACGAGGAGCUGGGGCCAGGCUGGCGAGAGAAGCUCUCAUCCUUCGAGGACAAACCCUUUGCUGCAGCGUCCAUUGGCCAAGUGCAUCAUGGGGUGUUAAAAGAUGGUCGAGAAAUCGCCAUGAAGAUACAGUACCCCGGUGUGGCAGAGAGCAUCCACAGUGAUAUAAACAACCUGAUGUCGGUGCUGAAGAUGAGCGUGGUCCUGCCAGAUGGUCUGUUUGCGGACAGCAGCUUAGAGGUUCUUCAGAGGGAGCUGGCGUGGGAGUGUGACUAUAAGAGGGAAGCAGAGUGUGCCAAGAAGUUCAGGUCACUGCUGGAGGGAGAUGAGUUUUUCCACAUUCCCGAGGUGAUUGAUGAGCUGUCCGGCCGCAGGGUGCUGGCCAUGGACCUGAUACAGGGAGUCCCACUGGACCGCUGUGUGGACCUGGAUCAGGAGACCAGGAACCAGAUCUGCUUCAACAUCCUCCAGCUGUGUCUCAGGGAGCUGUUUGAGUUCAGGUUCAUGCAGACCGAUCCAAACUGGGCCAACUUCUUCUACAACUCGGACACCAACAAGGUUGUUCUCCUGGACUUUGGAGCGUGCAGAAGUUACCCAGAAUCCUUCACAGAUGACUACAUACAGGUUGUUUACGCAGCUUCUGUGGGUGAUCGAGACACCGUUCUCUCCAAAUCAAAGGACCUGAAAUUCCUGACAGGCUUCGAGACCAAGGCCUUCAAGGACGCCCACGUAGAGGCGGUCAUGAUCCUCGGCGAAGCCUUCGCGUCCGCCGAGCCCUUUGACUUCGGCACGCAGAGCACCACCCAGCGAAUCCAGAGCCUCAUCCCCGUCAUGCUGCGCCACCGCCUCACCCCUCCACCCGAGGAGACGUACUCCCUCCACCGCAAGAUGGCUGGCUCCUUCCUCAUCUGCUCCAAGCUGAAGGCAAAGAUUGCCUGCAAGGACAUGUUCCUGGACGUGUACAACGCCUACAACCAGAGGAUGCAGACAGCGCAGGCCAGCUCUUAGAAACUCUGGGUCCGUCCGCAAAUCCGGAGCUUUUUAUUUAGGACUGGCUUCGGUGUAGGUCUCACCUCAGACCCCACGCUGUGCCAGUAUGUCACAGACAAUGCCGAUGUGCUCUAAUGAGGAGCGUGAUGUUUGUCUGCUUGUCUCUCCGCACUGCUACACACUGACAUCGGGAGUGUGUGUCUGGGUGUGUGAGCUCUGAUUUUCUACCUCAGCAUGUUACUCAGACGCUCAUCAAGGCGUGGUGGGGCUCCUAUGUGGACAGAAAUCCUCAAAAACUGAGUUACUACUAAAGAUCCACCAUGAAUUCACAAUAAAGCCUCAUAGGCUGAGUAAAUAAUAACAUUUUUUGAGUUUUUCCUCUCCGUAAACACUUGAUACAGUUAAAUCCAACAUCAGCAGUGAGGGCCGCUACAUUUAUUGGAAAGUCUCUCCAUGGAAGAAAACAAAGCUUUCAUAGAAAUAGCCGCUGCUGUCAGGCACUGUCGGAUGUUUGAAGGACUUUGCCGCCUGAUGCGUUGGUCAAAUAAAGCUUUCACCUAAAUGUAAUGGCUGACUAGAUUAGACGAGCAGAUUAUCAGAGGAAUUACGGAAGGCGGGCUAAUGGAGCCCCUCUGUGUGACGGUGGCCUUGAAUUAUAAACACACAACUCUCCAAUGUGAAAGACUUGUUUCUUGCUAAUGCUUUAUCUACUCUUGAGUAUUGAGAGGUGCGUUGUAUCCUGUAAAUCAGUGUGCUGUGCUUUCUUUUUUUUUUUUAAUGAAAUAAAGUGGUGGAAAACCUUU